UUCAGUUCACGCAGUUCUGUCGCUGAGGUACGACACGAAAAGUUUUUCACUCGGUGUGUGUGUGUAAGUUUUAUCAUUUUGUCACUUUGGUUUCUUUUUCUACCAAUUUUCCCACCCAGAAAAAGAGUUGAAGUGUUACUGGACGAGCUGUUUCAAUUGAAAAAUUACUCGGAUGUGAUUUAUAGUCGCGAAAACUAAGGGAAAAUUCAACGUCUUUUUCACAUCUUACCUUUUUUCUGCAGAGACGUGCAAAAGUGAUUUUGACACAAUUGUCAGUGGAACUUUUGGGGACCUGCAGUGAAAAACUGGCGACAUUGUGUAUUGAGUGGCCCAGUGCUCAAGUGCUUUCGUGGCCUUUGCUCCCUGGUCAAAGAAAAAAGGGAAGAACCCACAAGGGUUGAACAAAAAUUUGUGGAAAAUUUAUCCAAACGCAUACAAUAAAAUGGCGUACGAUGGCCAGACGCGAUACAUGCACGAUUACUGAUGAUGUUUAGGGACCAGAAAGUGCCAUUGGAUUGAGUAUAGUCCUGUGUGCAAAUAUUUUCGCGUAUAUGUGAGAUAGACAAAAUAUUGCUGCAUUUUACGGUGAACUUGGAAUAAAUAGGCACUGCCGAAUACAUCGGUGGAAUUGAGCACCACCACCGGAAAGCCUAUAUACAAAAUCCACUCCCCAAGAGCCACGGAAGGAGUGUCGUUGGUGAAAAUUGUGAACAUAGUGUGAGUGCGGAGACAUGAUCGAUCCAAGCUCAUCAGAGGAGGAGAGUGAUGAGGAGCAGACAGGAAGUGGGAAGGGAGCACAUCAGACUCUAAAGCACCAUCCACCGCCUUCGAAACAUGGUGCUCAUAUUGGUGCACCUGGAGGGCUCAAGCGUCACGGCUCCAGUAGCAGUGCCAAGCAGCCACAAGACUUGCUACAUGGUGGCAGUGCGAUUUCCGGCGGGUCGGCAACGCCAGUCCACCAUAGUCACGGUGCCUCUAAAGAAACCCAUCAUGCCCAUAGUGGCCACCUCUCACAUGCCGGUAGUGACACGUCUGGGAGCCUCGAUGUACCCUCAUCGUCAGUACCAAGAACGCUUUCGCCAUCUGCAUCGAGUGCAGCCAGCCAAGAGACCCUGAAUCAGAGUAUGGGACCGUCCUCGAGGACUAGUUCGUUGGCCAGGCCGCAAUCUCCAUCUCCGUCAGUCGUCAGUGAGCGAAACGAAGCGGAUAUUGCUGAACGCCAUGAGCGCGAGGAGGAAGAAAGAAAGCGCCGUAUUCAACUUUACGUGUUCGUGUCCCGAUGUAUUGCAUAUCCUUUCAAUGCUAAACAACCAACCGAUAUGACAAGGCGUCAGAUAAAGAUCACGAAGCAUCAAUUGGAGACAAUAACUGCGCGAUUUGUGGCAUUUAUGAAAGGUGAAACACAAAUAAUGGCCGAUGAAGCAUUCCAAAAUGCUGUACAAAGUUACCACGAUGUCUUCUUAAAAUCGGAACGUGUUGUAAAGAUGGUGCAAUCGGGUGCAUGUUCUCAGCACGAUUUUCGUGAGGUGUUUCGAAAUAACAUUGAAAAGCGUGUACGUUCACUGCCGGAAAUCGAUGGGUUGAGUAAAGAAACUGUACUGACAUCGUGGAUGGCCAAAUUCGACUGCAUCCUGAAAGGGACUGGAGAUGAAGAUACCAAACGUCCCACAAGAAUGCAACAACCGCUCAAUAGUGAAUUGAUCCUGUCCAAGGAGCAACUCUAUGACAUGUUUCAGCAGAUUCUUGGAGUGAAAAAGUUCGAACAUCAAAUCCUCUUUAAUGCACUUAUGCUGGACUCGGCGGAUGAGCAAGCGGCAGCUAUUAGACGAGAACUUGAUGGACGGAUGCAGCGUGUGUCGGAGAUGGAGCGCAAUAGGAAGUUGAUGCCAAAGUUUGUUCUCAAGGAGAUGGAAUCACUGUACAUCGAAGAGCUGAAAUCAUCGAUAAAUCUGCUGAUGGCAAAUCUUGAGUCAUUACCAGUGUCGAAAGGCUCCAUGGAUUCCAAAUACGGGCUACAGAAACUGAAGCGGUACAAUCACAGAAAAAUGAUACUCAGGUCACAGGGAUCCCUGGCAAAAUUGGAGGGCGACUCAGCUGAUGGGGACACGCAGCUAACCAAGAUGGAUGUGGUGCUCACGUUUCAACUGGAAGUUGUCGUUAUGGAGGUGAAGGGACUGAAGUCCUUGGCGCCAAAUCGAAUUGUCUACUGCACAAUGGAGGUGGAGAGUGAGAAAUUGCAGACAGACCAGGCCGAAGCGUCCAAGCCUAUGUGGGACACGCAAGGUGACUUCUCUACUACUCAUCCGCUUCCAGCGGUAAAAGUAAAGCUGUAUACGGAGAAUCCAGGAAUGUUGGCGCUGGAGGACAAGGAAUUAGGUAAGGUAAUCCUGAGGCCUACGCCACUCUCGUCCAAAUCACCUGAAUGGCAUCGGAUGACUGUGCCGAAAAAUCUGCCGGACCAGGAUUUACGUAUCAAAAUAGCAUGUCGUAUGGAUAAACCACUCAAUAUGAAGCAUUGUGGCCAUUUAUUUGCAAUCGGUAAGUCUGUCUGGAAAAAGUGGAAGAAGCGCUACUUCGUGCUGGUGCAAGUAUCUCAGUACACAUUCGCCAUGUGCAGCUACAAGGAAAAGAAGUCAGAACCGUCCGAAAUGAUGCAAUUAGAUGCCUACACGGUGGACUAUAUUGAGGCAGCAAGUGCCCGAUCGGUUGCAGCGAAUCUGAUGGUGGGUGUGGACCUCGAGGGUGGCAGGUACUUUUUCAAUGCAGUCCGCGAAGGUGACAGCAUCCUGUUUGCAUGUGACGAUGAGAAUGAAUGCAGUCUGUGGGUGAUGGCGAUGUAUCGGGCCACCGGACAGUCGCACAAGCCCACGCCGCCAAUGACGCAGGACAAGAACUCGACGAUCUCGAAGCUCCAGGGGGACGCCGAUAAGGCGCGAAAGCACGGCAUGGAGGACUUCAUAAGCGCUGAUCCAUGUACAUUCGAUCAUCACAGUCUGUUUGCGUUGCUCCAGAACUUGACGCUAGACUUCAGGCUCAACGAUCCGUAUGCGUCACUGGGAUGGUUCAGUCCAGGCCAAGUGUUCGUCUUGGAUGAAUACUGUGCUCGGUAUGGGGUGCGUGGGUGCUAUCGGCACCUGUGCUACCUCUCCGAUUUACUGGACCGGGCCGAACGGAAUAUGAUGAUCGAUCCCACCCUCAUUCACUACUCAUUUGCCUUCUGUGCUAGUCACGUGCAUGGGAAUCGACCCGACGGCGUGGGUAGUAUCACCCACGUGGAAAAGGAGAAAUUCCAGGAGAUUAAGGAGCGCCUUCGCGUGCUGCUGGAGUAUCAGAUCACGAAUUUCCGGUUCUGCUUUCCAUUUGGGCGGCCAGAGGGUGCCUUGAAGGCGACGCUCUCAUUGUUGGAGCGCGUCCUCAUGAAAGAUAUUGUGACACCGGUGCCGCCCGAGGAGGUACGAGCUAUGAUCAAGAAGAGUCUCGAGACGGCCGCUCUUGUCAACUACACACGUCUCUCCAAUGAAGCUAAGAUUGAAGGCACGACAGAACAAACUGGGGUUAUCACGAACAUUGAUGAUGAUUUGCGUGGCGAAGUGAUUGUACCACCUGCGAAGAAACUGGAGGAUUUAAUACAUUUAGCUGAACUGUGUGUGGAUCUCCUGCAACAGAAUGAAGAGCACUACGCGGAGUUGCGAAAAACUGAUGCUCCAGCUGGUGACCAGCAGCAGCCUGUCCCACCAGAUGGGACUGCUACAACUUCCGCUACCACUACUACUACUACAGCUCCUUCUACAGCUUCUUCUACGGCCAAAAACACGAAAAACACGACCACGACCCCGUAUCGAUAUUGCAUGCCAACGCAUGCUGUCUACACUUUUCCGGCUCCAACGGCUUUUGCAUGGUUCUCGGACCUACUGGUGGAGCAUGCUGAGAUAUUUUGGUCACUCUUUGCUGUGGAUAUGGAUAGGGUACUGUCGGAACAGGCACCAGAUACAUGGGAUUCCUUCCCGCUGUUCCAGAUCCUCAAUGACUACCUGAGGACGGAUGACAAUCUGAAGAAUGGGCGCUUCCAUCAGCAUCUGCGUGAUACAUUUGCACCACUUGUGGUGCGCUAUGUGGACCUCAUGGAGUCCUCCAUUGCUCAAUCCAUCCACAAGGGAUUCGAAAAGGAACGCUGGGAGAGUAAAGGUGAUUCCUCCAUCAGCAACGGCUGUGCAACAUCAGAAGAUCUUUUUUGGAAGUUGGACGCAUUGCAGUCCUUCAUCAGGGACCUACACUGGCCCGAUGCCGAGUUCCGUCAGCAUCUCGAGCAGAGGCUGAAGCUGAUGGCCUGCGAUAUGAUUGAGUCCUGCAUUCAGCGCACCGAGGGUGCCUUUCAGCAAUGGCUCAAGAAAAGUGUAACCUUCAUCUCUACGGACUAUAUCAUGCCAUCGGAAAUGUGCGCCAUGGUGAAUGUGAUUCUCGACGCAAAGAAUCAGUCUUUCAAAUUGUGCACCAUCGACGGAAUUGAUGUGCAUCAAUAUCACGCGAAGAUUGAUGAUCAAAUUGAUAAGACACUGGCAGCUAUGAAUCAAGGGAUUAUCAGCAAAUUGAUGUCUGUACUGGAAGCGUCGCUGUCAAAGCUUUCGCGGUAUGAUGAGGGCAGUUUGAUUGGCAGUAUUUUGAGCUUCACGAAUGUUUCGGGUUCGGGCAAAGAUCUCGGGCAAGGCUACGUGAAUUUCACGCGAAACAACAUGGACCAGAUUCGUGGGAAGGUGAAUGAUGAACUGUGGAUUCUCAAUAUUUUUGAGCAAUGGUACACAGCCCAGAUUAAUAUGCUGUGCAAUUGGCUGUCCGAACGUCUGGAUCACUCACUGCACUACUAUCAGUGCACAUGUCUGGCACAUAUUGUAAAGAAAAUCUACUCGGACUUUGAGCUGCAGGGUGUGAUGGAGGAUAAGCUAAACUCCAAGGCAUAUCAGACAGUGUCUCAGCGCAUGCAAACGGAGGAAGCCACAUGUGCCCUCACUGCUCCUGACGGCGAAGCAGAGGGCUUCGGUGAUGGGGAGGACGAAGGAGAACGACCAAAGGCCAAAGUGAACAUCUUGGAGACACUGAGUGGAGAAGAUGGAAAUUUAUCAAAUAUCUCAAAUGUAACGAAUAUUGUGGUGGGCCGCGUGGGAAACAUGUUUGGCAAAGGAAUUGGUGGACUCAGCACUAAAUUCGGUGGUGGCAGUUGGUUCUAAAGAAGGGAAGUAAAAUAACAUUAACAUUUCUCUUUCCUUGACACUUUCCAGGUUUUGGAAAUCAAUAAGACAAAAUACCCAAGUUACAUUUUGCAAACAGACAUGAAAUGAUCGCUAUAGUUUCAUUUACUUAGUGGGAGAUACUAAACGUUGAAACAAAUAAAACAAAAAAUUAGAUAAAUUUAGAGGAAAAAAAUACAACAACAACAGCAACAAAUAUGGUGGAGAGGAAAACACGAAAAAGAAUAAUACAUUAGUUACACAAGUUACCAAAAAAAAAAUACACCAAGUUACACCAAAUGAAAUCCCUCUUUAAAACUCUCUAUAUAGCUAUCAAUUGAAUAUUCUUUGUCAAACAUUUUAUGAGAGUAACAUUCUUUAACCAAGGGAUAUUAGAUAUCUGUUUAAAGUUCUUAUAACACAUGUAAUCCGAGUUAAAUGUUUGUUAAAUUCAAUACCACAACAUGAGAGGGGAAUUUUGAGGCGAAAAGAGAUUUAUCUUCUUACCGGGAAGAACGUUCUAUAAUCACUGAACUAAGUCAAGACAGAGAGAGAGAGAGAGAGAAAAACCAGAGGCAUUUCCUACAAGAAAUGGUUGAUUGAUAAAAGUAUCGUCAGUAAAAAUAAAUCUAAUCUAUAUACAAAUUUUCAGAGAAAUAACUACUCAACUUUAAAACAAACAAAAAAAAUGAAAUGAAUUUUUGACUUAUAAUCUCUUUACUUAAAAACAAACGUAUUACAAAAAAAAUCAAUGAAAAACAUAUAUUUGAAUUUUAUCUAAUUAUCUAUUUGCUAUUUAUUAUUGCUAUUAACACCAAAAGUUUGCGGAUUAAUUAGGAAAGAACAUAGAAAAAAUACAAAUCUUACAAAUCAACAAUAAAAUUUUUUGAAAAUUUAUUUAACUCUAUUCUUGUGCAAAACUAAAAAGGAAAAAAAGAAACUUAAAAGAGCUCGAAAGAGUACCUCGUGAAACCUCUUUUGCGUGAUUGUAUUGCGAUUUGAUAUGACAAAGAAAAAAAAUAUUUUGAUUAAAUUAUUUAAAAAAAUAAAUUUAAAAAAAAAUAAAUGCAAAUCAUGCAAAACUAUUUAAAAAAAAAAACUCUCAAACGUUAUAAUAAAUUUUGCAUUAUAUCUUAAACUGAGCUAAUCGAGAUUAUCUUAGGAAAUUUACAAAACUUAAAAUUUAUUCUCUUUAAAAAGAAAACUAUUUAUGUAUAAAAUAUUUAUAUUGGUCAAAUUUUAUGAAAAUUCAGUGAAUUUUAUUGGAAAAAAUUUCUGUGUCUCUCAUUUCUUUGGCGUAAAACAAAAAAAAAUGUGGAUAAUGUGAAAAAAAUUUCUAUGUUUUUGUUUUGACGAUCACUUUAAAUUUUGAAAAAAACAAAAUGAUUAUUACAAAAAAAAAAGAAUAAUGGACUGCAAAUGUUUAAAAAAUAAGAGAAGGGUGGCAUUAUAUGAUAAAUGCAGAGAUUAAACAAAAAAACUGCUAUAUAAAUAAUUUGUAUUGGAUAGUCGAAAUGGUGGAAAAUAGUGGUGAGAAUUUGGCGGUGUUUAAAAUUAAACCUGAAUGUAAAAAAGAAAAAAAAAUGACAAAAAGUUUGCUUAAAAAGUAGGUAGGAAUUCAUCUUUAUAUAGCAAAAAUAUUUUAUUGACUCUCAAUGGAGAUAGAAAAAGAGAGAGAUGAACAAAGAAUAAAGUGAAGGUCGUGAAAAGUUUUCUGUGAAGAAAUAUUAGAAAUAAUUGUGGAAAAUGUUUGAAAAACGGAACGAGAGAGAGAGAGAGAGAAAAGUGAAAAAAAAAUCAUUUAAGAGUUUUCGUAGUAACAAAUCACUAAUAGAACUUUCAAUAAAUGUUCCGUGUACUAACGAUGACAAGGUAAUCCCAAAUACGUGAGAUUUUAUCGGGGAAAUAGCAAAAGAAUUUAUGGAGUAAAAGAAAAAUGUAAUUUGUUCAACUUACAAAUAAUUCCCCGAAAAAUUUACUGGUGGAAACUCUUGCAAUAAAUGUUACAAUUUUUCUCUCUAAUGUUGAUAAAGAUCCAACAAAAUUUUCUUAUAUCUUGUUAUAAUUCUCUCUCUGCCUAAAAAAAAAACGAAAUUAAGAUAACUUUUUCAAACAUUUAAUGUGUUUUUUCCGACAAAUUUUUAACACUUCCGUGACACUCACAUAAUUUCUUGUUAGUCACUUUUUCAUCUUACAUGGCAGAGAUGGAGUGAGAGUUGCGAUAAAUUAAAUUAAACACUACUCAAGAUUCAUGUUGCUUAACUCUCAGAUGGGUAUACAGUAGAUAUAUUACAAACAGGCAAGGUGGACUUUUCAGAUCCGAUUUUCAGUAUUAAUAAACUUUUCAGGACCAUUGAGAUCAUACAUAAUUUCUCAUGAACAAAAUAAAUUUAACUUUUUCGUAUCCUUUGGGACUCACGGCAUACCAAUUACUCUGGGAAAAUUUUUUUUUUUUAAUUAUUUAGAAUCCAUAAAAAUUUUAUUCUUAUGGAUGUUGACAAACUAGAAGUAUAUCGAAAUCUAGAAUAUUUCUUGCAGGCGAAACCCGAGUUAUUCACGAGCUAACAUAUUUUUGAUCAAAAUAGGGUAAGUGUGCCAAAUUCCGGCCAGCUUGCAAUUUCGGCCACCUUUUUUGUUCCUCGAAUUUCCAUGAACUUUUAAAUUUUACGUACUCUACUAGAGAUUAUACAAUGCAAAAGAAUAACAAAAAAUGUAGUUUCGACAAACGAGAUGACGUGAAAAAGAUAUUGGAAGAAUUCCCAAAGGGCAAGGAACUAUGAGAAUGAAGGUGGACGAAAUAGGGCACCAAAGCUAUGUCUACAUUUUUAUUCAUUUUAAAAUGUAUUAAGAAUGAUUUUAGAGUAAAUCAAGACGGUAAACUCUUUAGAAGAUUCCAAGCAACAGUCUUUCAGAAGAAAGAAUAAAAAAAAUCAAUUUGUAUUUAAAAUAUUACAUUUCAAACUUGAGACUUCGACGCAUGCAUGCAACUAUGCCGAAAUUUGGCACACUUACCCUACGAAAUAAUAGAAAAACUUAAAAAAUAUUAAGUACAUAUGAUUUUUCAAAAUACAAAAUUACCUUAUUUUGCCAAAUAUUCAGAUAUUUUGUUUCAAAGAUACAACCUUUUAUCUACCAAACUACUUUAGAAUUUUAAAAUAAACUACUGCAUUUAUUAACAAAAAAUAUGUGAGUCAUAUGGAAAUUGAAAAUAAAUUGGCAAUUGCUUGAGAAAUAUUUUUUGCCAAAUUCGUAGAACUCAUGAAAGUUUUCGCAAACCCGAAAAUCCUAGAAUCAGUCAAAUAAAUAUGGAAAUAAGGCGUUCUUCCGUUUUGAAGUAAAGAAAUUUCCAACUUGUGAAUACGUUCAAUGUUUAAAUAUAUUCAUAAUCAUAAAUUCAUAUCUGGAAAUUUCGUAUCAAAAAUUUCACUCGUCUAAGUUUUUUAUAUAAUAAUGUUAUUAUCUUUUUUUUUCAAUUUUUUAAUAUCCAUGGCAAUAUUAUUGCCUUUUAUUUACAUUCUGAAACGACCCAGUUUUUCGACUUUGAUUCUGUUACUUAAUGAAUUUUAAUGUAAUACUGUAAAAAUCAUUUCAAUUCCAUCAGUGAUAUAAAUAUUAUAAAUCAAAAGGUAGUCAAAAUUUGUGGACAUUGUGCAUUAGAAGUGGGAUUUCUGGAUACGAUACAUGAAAGAAAGAAAUGUCUAGAGAAAAAUAUUAAAAAUAAAAGGUAAAAUUUGCGGAGAUAAAAAUUUUGCAAAAUAUUUACCAUUUAAUGAAUAAUAAAAAAAGAAAAUACUCUUCAAAAAUCAUUUUAUUCCCAUAUUUUACAAUGAAAUAUUCAGUGAAUUUACGUAAUCUAUUUUGAUUCCAAACAGCAGAAAAAUACAUUCUGCAGAAUUAUUAUCUCCCUGAAAGUGUUAAAGUGGGUGUACGAUGGUCUGAAAAGGAUCAGAUGAUUAUGUUAAAAAUUCCUUUACACCAAAACUUACAACGGAUCUUUGCUUUCACAAAAAAGUAAAAGAACUAAGAAAUGUAUUACGACUAUAGGCGGUGCAGUUAUAGACAUUUUAAGAGGAAUUCACAUUUUAUUAUCAAUCUUGAUUUGGUUUAUCUCUUACUGUAGGUAUGAUAAAGGAUUAAUGGACGGAGAAAUAGCGUAAAACCUCAAAGACUUAGAGCGGAAUCACAUUGACAGUAAAAUGAUCACCGUUUUUCGUUAAUUUACGCAUUUUCAUUGCAAUUCUUACGCAAAUUUUCCAUUACCGUAUUACCUUAUCUCAUACUCGGUGGCAAUAGGUGAAAAUAAUAUAAGAAAAUUUAAAAAAUAAAACGAAAAUGCGAUAAACGGUGAGCAAAAAAUACUGUACGAGAAAUUAAUCGUACAGCAUUUUUGCUCAACGUUUAUCGAAUUUUCGUUUUAUUUCUUUAAUUUUCUUUUAUUAUUUUCACCUAGUGCCACCGAGUAUGAGAUAAGGUAAUACGGUAAUUGAGAAUUUGCAUAAGAAUUUCAAUGAAAAUGCGUAAAUUAACGAACUACGGUGAGGCUACGGCGAGCAUUUUAUUGUCAAUGUGAUUCUGCCCUUAGUCUGCUCCUUAAGAAUAUUUAGUCUGUGAAAGUUGGCGGUAAAGGAUCAACCUACUUUCACACAGUAAGAAGAGUGUUUGCGAAUAAUUUCCUUUACCGCCAAAUUUGACGGGCUAAAUAUUCUCAAAAAUCAGCCUAAGUUUUCUUUUUGGGUUUCGGUGUCCUUUCUAUUCUUAUUUGAAUGAGAUUACCACAGAAAUCCCAAUUCUUAAGACAAUGACGUUCAAACAAGCGUUAAGAAGGGCCUUCUGAACCUUAAAGUUUUUGGAACCAACGCUAAAGCUCCUAACCUUUGCCUAAAGUUCUUUAUUUUAUCUAUUCUCACAGUAUAAAUAUUUUUUAAACCAAAAAAUCUUUUUUCUUUGUUAUUAAUACAUUCUAUGGGACACCCAGUAGAAUUUAAUUCUGCAAAAUAAAAUGGUUUUUCAAAUGACCUUUGCAAAAUGUCCAAAAUAUAAAAAUCAAUAAAAUGAAAGCACAUGUUGUCUGUUUAUGUGAAGAUAUUUUCUGCUAUUUUAACAAAUUAUUCCAUUUACCAAUUUGUUAUAAUGUUUCCUGGAGAAUUUAAUUUAAAAAUCCAAUCGUUCAGAAGCUUUAGAAUAUAAUCUUGUAAAAUUGCGAAUAUGCCUAGAAAGAUGUUGAGAUAAAUCGAAAAAAAGGAAGAGAUAAAUUAGGAGUGAAAUUCAAUUUUCCGUUAUGUGUUGAAUUGUAGAAUUUCUCUUUAUCAUGCAACAUUGCUACUUCUCACUCCAUCCUUCUUGAUAUUGAGUGUCAUGCGUUUUUAUUUGCAAUUAGUAAAAGAAAGCUCGCAAAGAUUUAAUGUAGUUUCUAAGAGCAAUUUCCGUCGAGACGAAAAUAAUUGUCAUUCAUUUAUCUCUCACACCAUUUCCUCUUCUCCGGAACAAAUGGACACUUCUUUGAUUCUGUGCGAUGAGGGAGAUAUUGAGAGAAACAACACUACACUAUUUUAACAUCAUCCACCGACCUUUUGAAGACAUUCACCAUGACCACACAGCGAAUAUUUUCGAUCACUGAAUCAACAUUUAAAUGCAUUCGUCGAUCUAUGAGUUUUUUUUUUUGGUCUUUUUGUAUUUUGUGGUAGAAUUUAAAAAAAAAAGACAAGAGAGUAAAAAUCAAUAGAUCGAAAAUGAAAAUUUAAAUGUAAAAACCAUAUAAAAGUCGAUUUGAGGCUAUUAUGAAUGGAUGGUAUGUUCAUUGCAGAAGAAAUCAUCAUAAAAAUAAUCACUACUGGGUUUGGUGUGUCCAACACAAUCUCUCUAAAACGACUGAUUUUCUUCUUAUUUUCUCGUUUAAUACCUCUAAUUUUAUUUCAUGUGCCUUUGUAGUUUUUCUUUGCCGCCUAUAUCCCUGACUUUCAGCAACCAUUCGAUAUUUCUCUAGUAUCUGAUCCUAUCAACCAAAUUAUUGGCUAUUUCAGGGCAAAAGGAAUGGAAAAAGGGAUUUCUCGAGAGAGAGAAAAUGUCAUAUAAGAAAGUGGUUGAAAAAUCGAUUUACAUUUCAUGUGUAAGUGUAAAUUGAACCCUUUUUCUCAUAUCUUUUUCUUCUUUUCUUUAAUAUCGUAUUCUUAAAGAUUCAAGAUUUUAUUUUAAUAGCUGAUUAGAUUAUAUUUUUGAGAAUUAUGCCCUUAUCACUGAUGCAAAAUUUGCUUUUAAAUCACCAAAAGAAAGAGGUUUUUCUUGUUAUUAAUGCAAUAUGUGAGUGAUGAUGCAUAUUACAUAAAACAUAUUUCUGCUUUAGAUGUACAAUACACGUUGUUUAAACUUUAAAAUUUUAAUAAGUGUUUUUUAUUUAUACUCUUCACACAAUCUCUUUGAAUUAUAUCAUAAACGUGACUCAAAUUUUUAAUGAUUCGCAAUUUUGUCAAAAAAACAAAAAUUUUUCUUCUGAUUAAAAUAAUUCAAAAAUAGCAUUUCUUGUGUUAUUGACUUUACAGAAAAUUUAUUAAAUCAUGAAUAAUUAAUCUUUCAAUUUAGGGAACACUUUUAGAUGCUUUUUUUAAAUUUUAAAUGAGUGUGAUUUAUGAAAGAAUCAUACGAUUGGUUAUUUUUCCUCUUUUCUCGUAUGUUCCUUCUCCUUUUAUUUUAUACUCUUCUAAAGAAAAAAUUCAGGAGAGUCCGGGGCAGAUUUAGCCAGUAAGGGAAAGUGGGGCACCUUUGAAAGUGGGAUACCCUUGAAAUUGGGAUUUUUCACUUAUUUUUAAAGAGAAUUGAGCCUUGUCGUCAUACAAUUUAGCUUCAUAAUCUGUUUGUGCAGCUAAAUUAUAUUACGAUAGGGUUCAAUUUUAUUUAAAAAUAGGUGAAAAAUCCCAAUUUCAAAGGUGCCCCACUUCCCCCUAAACGAAUUUUUUUGUUGCCUAUAUUUUGUGAAAAACAUAAUUAAAUCAGGCUGAUAAAUAUUUCAAUGAAUAGAAAGGGAGUUACUUAAUCUAAAUAAAUUGUAGGGGGAAAUGGAGCACCUUUGAAUUGGGGCAGCUUUGAAAUUGGACUUUCUUUUCCUUACAAAAAUAGAAUUUUAGUUUAAUCAAUAUUAAUUUAAUCAAUAUUUAAGUUCCAUUUGAAAAAAAAUAGGAGAAAAAACCCUAUUUUAAAGGUUCCUCACUUCGCCCUAACACUCCACUGUCUAAUUCUACCUCUUACUAAUAUUCCGGGCUCCUCCAUAUGAGAUUUUAAAAAAUUAACGUUGUAAAAAGCGAGUCCCGGUCAAAAUCCCGAACGCUUAAAUCCUGAAAGCCAAAAUCCCGAAUUCUUAAAAGUCUCAUAGCUACUCCUAUAAUUGCAUCCGCACUUGCUAGAGGCAAAGGGAAAUCUUGUCUCUUAAGAAAUUAUUCUAAAUAUUUUCCUCCAUAUAAUUUUAUCCCUUUCAGAAUUUUGAACAUUCGGGAUUUUGGCUUACAGGAUUUUGGCUUUCGGAAUUUUGGCUGCCACCGGUAUAAAACAUAUUAUUCUACCGAAGAUUGAAAAAACAUAGCUUACAUUUGAUUACUCAUUAUUUAAAAGGGGUGGCAAAGCGUCCCAGGCUUUGCGAAGUGCUAAAACUCGCGACUUAGAUGCUAUCCCUCAAAAGUACAUUCGCAUCAUUUAUCGUUUACCGGUUCUCAACCGAUUUGUAAAUCACUUGAAAGAUCCCACAAAAUAAUUUUAAGGGUAAUAAAAUUGAUUUUCGGACAAAAAUUACUUAUCGGUUCAUAACCGAUUCAUUACCGGUUCACAACUGAUGCGAACGGAUUUAUAAAUUACUCAAAACAUUGUCCAAAAUAACUUAGGACUAAUAUAAUUGAAUUUCGAAUAAAAAUUAGUUAUCGGUUAUGAACCGGUUCAAAACCGAUUGGAAGCAGAUCAGUUUUAUCGGAAAUUCCAAGUACUUUCCAACAAGCCCAAGCAUGAUCCCAUCCGUCAGAUAAAUGCGUUCUCUAGAGUCUUUUUUAACCUUUGACCUUAGAAAAACCGCUAUUAGGAAUGAUUUAACGGUAUUUUCACGCAUGGUCAAUUGUCCGCCUGGGUAAUACACAACACACAGAAAAUUAACCAAUUUAAAGAUUUGAUGUAGAAAUUAAUAUGUUAUAGGGUGGUGGCAUUCAGGGCCGGAUUUAGAAAUGUGAAGGCCCAGUGCCCAUUUGUGGGGGCCCCAAAAAUUUUACGUUUUCUAACAGUGCGACAGUGUGAACUAUGCCAAAUCCUAAAACCUGAUUUUGUUUUUACUACUUGAAGAACUAUACCGAGAAAACAAUAGAAUUCCUCAAUUUUUUGCCUAUAAAUUAGACAAGUUCAGUGAAAUUAUAUCAUUGAAAUUUUGAGUGAUUCGAACUCUGGUUCAAUUCAUUUAUAUAAAUUUUACAGAUUGAUACAAAAAAUACGCAAAACGAGAAAUUUUACUAAAUUCUCAGACUCGAGAGCACAAUAUCUUUAAAACCUUUAAAUGUACCUUUAAAAGUAUUUCGUGUUGAUUUCAUCCAGAAAUAUUAAGAAUUAGAGUAAGAGCUCAUAAUUUUGGACAGUUUCUAAAUUUGGACACUUUGAGGGUAAAGUUGGACACUAAAAUUAAAUUGAUUAAAAUUAUGGAUUAUUAUUUUAAUAUUUGAUGAAUAAUGAAUUCUAUCUUAAAAUGUGUUCUUUUUGGAUGAUUUUAACAUUACUGUUUUUCAUAAUUUUUUCACAAAAUCUAUCCUUAAGCGGUCGACAUAAAGUACUUUACCUUAUUAAAACUAAUUUUAGUAAAAAAGACGAUAAAUAGCUUGCCAAGUUUCUAAAUAACCCUUCUGAAAAGAGAGUAACAAAAAAAUCAAUUGGUAUUGAAAAUAUUGCACUUCAAACUUAGAACAUUAAUGCUUAAUAAACAUCCUCUCUGUCCAAAAUGAUGAGCCCUUAUCCUACGACUAUUAGAGCAGAUUUUAGAUUUUUUAAAAAAUUGAAAAAAAUCGCAAAAUAGAGGGUCGUGAUAUUAAAUGCUCUAACCGAUAAUAGCAAUUUAAUUUGCUUUUUUUUUGUUAAUAAUUUUUAUUUCCUGACAAUUUAACCAUGGUAGACUUCUUAAAUGUGGAGGCCCCUAAGAUGUGGAGGCCCGGUGCCGUAGCCUCAGGGAACCCACCUAAAUCCGGCACUGGUGGCAUUACUUGUGGCCACUGUCUUUACUUAUGGCCUCCCCGCAAAAAAAUUUACAAUGUCAAAAAAUGAUUUCAGAAAACCUUAAAAUUAAAAAUAUUUGAUGUGUUUUAAUAGCAAAUCACAUUUUUUCGGUUUUUGGAAUCAUUUUCUGACAAAAAUUGCAACAUGGCCAUAAGUAAAGAGAGGCCACAAGUAAUGCCGCCACCCUACGCGUCUUCUUUAUUUUAAAAUGCUUACCGCAAUUAAAUAUUUAUUUCCAUAAAAUAUUUCAGUUUCUUAACAUUCUCUGAUUGACUAAGAUUAGCUUAGCUAUUCAUAGAACGUGAUUGUAUUAAAAUAUUUUGUUCCCGUCACGCACUUUGAUUGUCUAGAAAGGAUUGAAUUCUUUGAAUGCGUCCAAGCUCUCCACCAAAGAAUUAAUCAGAUCAGAUACCGCCAAAGAAUUAGCAAAUUAUAUGGGAUUAAAUAUUCAAUUACAUGUAGUUAAUGCUUCAAAACGAAUUAUUGCAUAGUAAAUUUUAUACUAUAACUCCCUUGUAAAGUUACAUACUUCUUCAAUUAAUUUUAAUUUGCAAAAUCUGUGGUAGCUCUUAGAACAUGCAAGAAUUCCUUUUAACUAAUUUUCUUUGAUAAUCUCUGUAGUCGAACUAUUUUAGACUAAAAUUCUAUCUGAAUAUUUCAUUUUAUGGCAUGUUCACAUGGAAUUUAUCGUACAUAUUUUGUAACACCAAAGUACCACUCUUCGAAAAAUCCCAGAGAUUACGUUAGACUGAAAAAUGGUUGUGUGAAACGCAGGGUUUAGAAAUUUAUCUUCUUUAUUUCUUUGCUCCUUUCCUGCUAAUUUCACCUUAAUCGAGUGGAUUUUCUUUGUGCCAGAAAUUGAGUAAGGAAAUUUAAAGUUUUAUUUAUUUAUUUUUUUAGGUAGCAUUUGAAACAUUCUCACCCAAGAGAAAGAAAUUUAGCGAAAUCCAUAUUUUUCAGAUACAAUUAGUAUAAUUUUUGGCCCUUUCCUUUUAGUCUUUAUUUCCAAUUUAUUGUAUAUUUGCGUAUUUGUAAGAGUGCACCGUAUAAAUAACUAGAAUGGCAAUCAGUAACUGUAAUAAUGGUAAAAAAAAAUAUAAUAUAGUAAUAUUAACUGCAAGUGGAAAAAGACAUAAUCAGCAGCAAAAGCACUAAAUAAUCAGAAAAAUAAAUAAAUUUAAAGUCAAAUAAAUCAAUAAUGGCAAGAAAAUAUACAUCGUAAAUACAGAAGUAAUAAUGAAGAAAAAAUAUUGAAAUAAUGGGAUCAGUCAUAAUGAAUAGAUUUUACUACCAGAAAAAAAACCAAUGCUAAAAAAAAUGCUACAGAGCUGGAUCGUAUUCUAAUAUUACUAAAUAUUGUAAUGUGUAUGUAAUAUUGUAAAUGUAUAAAUACAAGCAAGCAAAUGAAAAGUUGGAUAAAAUAUUUAAAAAAAAAUACAUUUUUGGACUUAUUAAUUGCGAAUUGUAACUUUGUAAGCGUAGAGCAAAACUUAUUUUUCUAAACCGUUUUUUAAUCAUUGAAAUAUUAAUGAUGAAAGAAAUAAUUCAGCGCGAUGAUUAAAAAUGCAGCUACACAUGGCAGCCCAAACCCAGUAUAUUUUCAUAAAAAAGAAGAAAAACUAACAAAAGAUGAAGAAUAAGUGAAGAAACCACAAUGAAAGACAGAAUGAAGUGGUAAAAUAAUAAAAAAAAAAUGAAUGUACAUAAAGAACACAUUUAUAAGACACAUCCAUACACAUGCAAAAUAAACAUUAAAAAAAUCAUUAUUAACAUUACAUUUUAAACGUUGGCAAAAACAAAUUGAUAUGAGAUAAUUUUAAUAGGAUUAAUAUUAAAAAAAAAACGAUAGUAGAAGCAUUGCAUUUUUUGAUGAUAAUCUAAUAAAAAAAAAACACAAUGAAGGAAUAUUAAAAAGAAUUUGAUGAAAAACCAACCAGUCAAAAAAUUUCUUGUAAAUUAAUUCAAAUAUCAAGAAUUAUUUUUAUUCCAAGAAAGAAACAAAACAAAUAUGCAAUACUAUCUCUCUUUAUACAUUUAGGUGAAGAGCUAAAGAAAAAAAAGUAGGAGGAAAAAAAUGCUGAAGACACAUGAGAGAUAAUGCAAGAUAUUGUGAGAAUGAUAGCAUGUGUUGAUUGAAAUUGGCGAUUAAUUGCAAGAUAAUAUUCUUAAAAACAAACUUAAUCUUAAAUAUAAUACCAAGAAAACAUAAACAACAACGUCUAAAAACAAGAAUAAAUUUAAACACAAAAAAAUGAUGAAAGCAUCAUAAAUGAAAUUAACAAAAAAAUACUAUAAAAAAAAUAAAAUGUUAUUUAUCGACUUGUUAUGCAUUGAGAGAA